GGCUUCGCUGCUUUAACAUUAUUGCUUUCAAUCGAUCCCCAGAUUAUUUUUGGGUGCUGGCACUGAUUCUAGAAGCGAAGAGAAAGACACCCUUUAAGCAAAAAAGGAGACCCAUUAAGAAAAAAACAACACCCAUUCCCUGCUAAAAGCCAGAUAUGCAAUAGAUGUACUAGGUAUAUAUACACUGUGUAUACGUCUGACGUGGUAUAUAUUCGUUGAGUAUAUGUUUAUCUGUGUUUGUAUAUGAUAGAAAAUGGUAUAUUGGUAUGUGCUUUGAUUUAAUGAGCUGGGCAUUGGAGGCAUAAAAGUGGAGAGGCGAUGAGUUAUCUGUACAGCACAUGGCCUUUGAGAAUGUGGGGUCUGGUCUUGUGUCAAUAGUUGAGGCAAAGAGAGCUAGUUGCACUAUUGCAGGAUCCGAUCCUUGUAGCAGGAGAAGAGGUUUUGUCCAUGAUCAGCUCCCGAAGGAGAUGAAGGAGAUGAAGAUCAGAGAUGAUAAGGCAGAGAAUGGUGAUAAGGAAAUAGCACCAUCUGUUGUGCAAGGGAAUGGUACAGAAGCAGGUCACAUAAUUUCUACAACUAUUGGUGGCAGAGAUGGGCAGCCUAAGCAGACCAUCAGUUACAUGGCAGAGCGAGUUGUGGGUACUGGGUCUUUUGGAAUUGUGUUUCAGGCUAAAUGUCUCGAGACAGGGGAGACCGUUGCCAUUAAGAAAGUCUUGCAAGACAAACGAUACAAGAACCGGGAGUUGCAGAUAAUGCGUUUCCUGGACCACCCAAAUGUAAUAUCAUUGAAGCAUUGUUUCUUUUCCACCACCGACAAUGAUCAAUUGUAUCUAAAUUUGGUGCUGGAGUAUGUGCCGGAGACUGUUUAUCGUGUUGGAAAGCAUUAUAGUAGGAUGAACCAGAGGAUGCCUCUCAUAUAUACAAAGUUAUAUACAUAUCAGAUUUGUAGGUCAUUAGCCUACAUCCAUGGACUUGGGAUAAGUCAUAGAGAUAUAAAGCCCCAAAAUCUUCUGGUGAAUCCACACACUCAUCAAGUUAAGCUCUGUGACUUUGGAAGUGCCAAAAUUCUAGUCAAGGGCGAACCUAAUAUAUCCUAUAUUUGUUCACGGUAUUAUCGAGCUCCCGAGCUCAUUUUUGGUGCCACAGAGUACACAACUGCCAUUGACAUGUGGUCAGCAGGUUGUGUCCUUGCGGAACUUCUGUUGGGUCAGCCGUUGUUUCCUGGCGAGAGUUCAGUGGACCAACUUGUAGAGAUUAUCAAGGUCCUUGGAACUCCAACCCGUGAGGAAAUCAAGUGUAUGAAUCCUAAUUACACAGAAUUCAAGUUUCCCCAUAUAAAGGCUCAUCCAUGGCACAAGGUUUUCCAUAAGCGCAUGCCACUAGAGGCUGUUGAUCUGGUCUCAAGGCUGCUUCAAUACUCACCAAAUCUUCGAUGUACUGCACUUGAAGCUUGCAUCCAUCCAUUUUUUGAUGAGCUUCGUGAUCCUAAUAUCCGUCUGCCUAAUGGCCGUCCUGUACCUGCACUUUUUGACUUCAAGCCAGAGGAAUUGAGGGGGGCGACCCCGGAACUCCUCCAGAAGUUGAUUCCAGAGCAUGCAAGGAGGCAUUGCCUGCAACUUGGGCUUAGCCUCUAGGUUUUGCUCUCUUUUUGGAGUCCUGGUAUCUUUUUUGCACUUUAAGGAGCCUAAAAAUAUUUGAUGGCUAGACAUGAUAUGUUCAUGGGUUGUGGUUCAAAAGAUAAGGGGAUAGUGAGGAAAAAUGUUGGAAGCACUGUGGUCAUGUUUCCUUGUGGUGUUGUACCCAAAAAUUGCAGCUUUGUUUUGCUGAUCAUUCUUACUUGGGCGCUAAAUCAUGCAAAGAAUGCAGCCCUGUUGUAUUAAGUUAUCUGAAAACUGAUAUUUUAAGUCAAAUUUAUCAAGGUUCAUAGAAGGAGAGCUAGUAUGUAUACAAGAUGAUAUGCAGGCUACAGGUGAAGUUAUGUAGACUGACUAUUUUUGGGAUGGUGAUGAUUCAACCAUGCGGGUGGUCUAUGACAGUACAUAUUUAGGUUGGGAAACUUGUCCAUAGGACUUCAAGAUUCACUCCCAUAAGGUUGUUUGAAUAUCCAUGAUUUGUUGAGGACAACUGUUAGUCUAUGCAAGGAUUUCGGAAGGAACUGAAGGCCCAAGUAUACUGAUGCAGUCUAUGAACUUUGAAUAGUGGAAACAAUUUAACUGGAACACAGGAGUUUUUUCAAUGAAAAGUAUAUGUGAGAUGCUUCAUUUCUUGUUUUAUUUAUUUUUUAUAUUAAAGUCAGAAUUCAAAAUACAACUUCGUUA